AUGGACCAAGGUGUGGGUCUGAUCAUACGAGAGGCGGAGUCAGCAGGUUUACUAGAAAACACCAUGAUCAUCUUCACAUCUGACAACGGGCCGCCGUUCCCGGACGGCCGGACAAAUCUUUACGAAGCAGGCAAGAUUUGUGUUCAGAUUCCCCUGAUCGUAUCAACACCGACUGGAACAAAGUCUAUUGUGGAUGCCUCGGUGACAUUGUUGGAUAUUUUCCCGACCAUUCUGGAUUGGUUCGAUGUCCCCUUGCCCAGAUAUUCUCUGAAGCAUAAAGGAAAGCCAGUAGAAUUCACUGGAACAUCUCUGUUGCCCAUCCUGAAAUCAGAAUCUCCUCAGUCAGAAUUUUCCACAAGACCUGUCUUCAUGAGCCAUUCAUUGCAUGAGAUCACCAUGUACUAUCCGAUGCGAGCCGUGAGGAUAGGAGAGGUCAAAAUCAUUCAAAAUUUGAGCUGGAGACUGCCGUUUCCGAUCGACGAAGACUUUUACAUGUCGCCAACGUUCCAGAUGUCGCGAUCCUCGAAGCGUAAGUAUGAAUUGAGAGAAGGUGGCAUCCGGUGGGGCAUGUACAAACUUGCGCUCAACCAAGUGCCCAACGAAAAGGAGGGUGACUUGCGGUCCCUCCCAUCCGGCCUUUCUCUGGAAGGCCCGCACCGUAUGGUGCAGGAGACUUCUGAAAUUCAGCGUCCAGAGGGAGCUGCAGUUGAUUGUGUAGAACGUGGCGGCUUCCACAAAUUUCGAGAAGGAAUGCUGAACAGAACCAAGGAACACAAAAGUUUGAACUGGCACAAAACUUUGAAAGAUUACUAUUUUCGAGAGCGGUGGGAAACGUUUCUCAUCGAAGAUUUCCGUGAGAAGCGUUUGCCGGAAAACUUGACGAUUUUGCAGACUGUGUUCCAUGAACUUCAGGAUUGGCAAUGGAGAACUGACGACCCGUGGGUCUGUUAUCCAGACAAGGUACUUGAAGGCGGAACUGUGGAUGAACCGAAACGAAGCUGUUUACCGUUGCUUAAUUCAUACUACCCGUAACAUGAGAACACUCUCAAAAGAAUUUCUUCAAAUCUUCAUCAAGCUUGCGCAGUGACGUGGAAGACUUCCGGAAACCCUUGCAACUUGGAAAAAUUAUUCGUAGCACAUAAUGAUUCGUAGAACCAGGUGACUUCUGCGAGCGAAUUGGCUGAGCCAUUUGGUACACCAUUCCUUCAAAUUUCUUACUUCAAUAUUGAUGUGUGGCGCGUACGAUGACGUGUUGAUAUUCACCGCUGAAUUUUCCGAUUAUUUGCGGAAAAACCAUUUUCAAAUUCUGUAUACUAACUCAAUAUCCGGGAAUUUCACUAUUUAUGAGCGGUGAUUGAGAUAAUAAAACUUUAUGAAUGGA